AUGUCUUCUUGUUUAAGUGGAGGUGGAAGUGCAAUUAGAUUAGACCUUGAGAUUAUUAAAUCACCAUCCUCUUCUUGGAUUUCAAAUUCAUCAUCUCCAUCUUCAUCUUUAACUGAAUCAAGCAAUUCCCCUAUUGCCAUCUCGACACGAAAACCUCGAACACCUCGGAAAAGGCCUAAUCAGACUUACAAUGAAGCUGCAGCCAUUCUUUCUGCAGCCCAUCCCAAGAUUUUCUCCACUAAAUACCUCACAAAGCCUUGUAAAUUCACAAAACCACAUAAUAAUAGUAACGAUCCUUUUCCUUACGAGCCUGCCGAAUUAUUUAUGCCUUUUCCCGUAGUCGAAAACUCAGGAUUCUUGUUGCAUCAACCGAUCCUAGAGAAACCCGAUUUUCCAAUUGAGCCUAAAGGGGGGAUAGGUGCAUUUGACAAGCGGUGCCAAAGUUCUGGGGAAAUCAAUUCAGGAGUGGAUUCUUUGGAGAUUCGUGACGACUAUCAAGAAGACUUCGAUGCAGGAUCGAUUCUAGAUGCGGAAAUUGAAGAGGGAGUUGAUAGUAUCUUGGGGAAGUUGAGUACUGGAAAUGACUUGGUCGAUGAUUCAAAUGAUAGGCAAAUGAACUCAUGGUGUUAUGGUUAUCCAAAAGGCCUAGGAUUUGGAGGAGCAUUUGGCUAUGGAAUGAGAAGGGAAGUGAGGGCAAUGAAAAAUGUUGAUGAUGGGAACUGGUGGAGGUUCCCUAGUGUCAAUGUGCAAGACAUCACACCGGAAACUGGUAAAAUCCUGGCAGAGAAGAAGAAAAAGAAGGUCGAAAAGGCGAUUGAACCCAAGAAUUCUGUAUUAUCCAAGUUGAAGUCAAGUUCCAUUAAAGCAGACAUGAUGAAUUCAGCUAGCAAAUCACCCAAAGAGGAGGCUAUACUUCCUAAGCCAAAUGCAGGGUUGUCACUAAAAUUAAAUUAUGACGAAGUUUUGAACGUGUGGUCCGAUAAGGGCUCACCGUUUUCCAGUGAAACUCUACCGGGCGCCGAAACCACCGGAAAUGAUGUUCAAGUAUGUUUGUCAUCACGUCCCACGAGGAUUGUGAACCUUGGUGAUGUUCCUUCUGGUCAUAGUCAUGUUAAAAUGAAAGGUGGGAUGGAUAAGAAAAAUUCAUAA